CAUAUAUAAACAAUCAAACACAACCACUCUGCUGCCAUUUGUUGUGAAGAACAGAUAUUGCAAUGAAGUGGAUUCUAGAUAUGGAUGUGCUCCUGGUGUUUCUGCUUGGCUGUGUAUUAGGAACAGCAUCACAAGGUUCUGAUAUUAUUACCAACAACUACCUCCUUUCAGAUGGGGACAUCAGCAAAAUUAUUAACAGAGGGGACACAGUCUUUUCCAGAAACUGCGCUGAAAUUUUGGAUAAGUCGAAAGGUAGUGCAACGGAUGGCUUAUAUAUUAUACAGCCUGCGAAUGAUCCCAUUGCUGUUUUUUGCAUUAUGCAAGACGGAGGAUGGACAGUUAUCCAGCACAUUACAGCUAACAGCAGCUUGAACUUUGACCGUACAUGGAAGCAUUACAAAUUAGGCUUUGGCCAUAUUCUUGAUGACCACUGGCUAGGCAAUGAAUACAUGCAUCAGCUAACUCAGCCUCCUGGUCAUCACAAACUUGGAAUCAAACUGGUGACAAUGGAGGGAGAGAUAAAGUGGGGCAUGUAUGAUCCAGCUUUGAUCGAACCUGAGGAGUCACAUUAUAGACUUCGUCUUGGCUUGUAUUAUGGCUCUGCCUGCGAUGCUUUGACCCAUGACACAGAUGCAUAUCUACAUGAUAACCAGAGAUUCACCACUCGAGACCGUGAUAAUGAUAACUAUUUCCUGAACUGUGCUUUGCUGGAGAGCCAGGGCAUUGCAGGUGGAGGAUGGUGGUAUGAUGCCUGUGCCAGCGCAAAUCUAAAUCGGAGGAAUGUUAUUUAUUGGCAAAAAGAUUGUAACAAAGACAAUCCUUGCAAGUAUGCAAGCAUGAUGUUGCAACCUACCGCAGUAAAGGGAUGUAGACAAUCGAUGCACUGCAGUAGGGAUGAAUUAUAAGGAGGCAGAUGACUGUUCUUCAACAACUUUCAUUAAUAAACCUUCUAAAUCA